AUGAUAUCGCUCUGGGGAUAUAGAGCGCAACGAAGGAGGCAUUAUCACGAUGAUGGCACCUUGGAAGAUGAUGUGCCCCAACCUACCCCUUCAAUUGGGAAUGAACGGCCUCAGGACCCAGAUGAGGGGACUCGCUUACUUUCAGAUGAAUGGGCGCACCUAAGCCCGGACGACCCUGCAGUCACUCCUUAUAACCUACUGCUCAUUCGAGUGCUUCGGUAUAUGUCCUUAUUAUUCUUUGUCGCGAGCCUUAUAUGGUGGGUACUUCUUCUUAUCUCACUCUUCAUCAGCCCACCGGCGAUGCAUAGUCGCGGUUCAGGUUUCUUCGCGCUCUCCUUCACGACCCUAACAAUCGAGAAUAUUUUGAUCGCAUUGGUAUUUUUUACUAUCCCUUCAAAACCCAUGAAAUUGUUCGGUUCAAUACUUUCACUGUUUCUAGGGGUGGAUAUGAUUAUUACACUUGCAGUUCCCCGCAUCCGGCACGAAGAAGGCUGGAUUGGUGUUGCAUCUGUGGUAUGGGCAACAUUUAUUGGACUAUAUAACACCGCGCAGAACCACUAUGUUGGAUGGGGAAAAGGAGAAGAGGAGGAGCGUCUCACUGGCCGAGAAGAAACGCGCCGUACUCUGCGGGAAUGGUUAGCCGUCUUUGUCUCUGCCGUGAUCAUGGGUAUCCAGGCGAUCACGGCAAUUCUAAUCACCGCUAGUUUGACUCUACGCUCGAGAGAACUUAGCCUAGCACCACCGGGUCAUCGUUACUACGUUGAUAGCCAUGAAUAUCAAGUGCACAUCGCCUGUGUCGGUAACAUUACACAUGAAGGCUAUACCAUCCUGCUCGAGGCAGGAGAAAUGCCAGUUGAGGAUACCUUCCAGCGUUGGAUACAUGAUGCAUACCGCCAUGGCACAAUCGGCCGUUACUGUUACUGGGACCGGCCUGGCUUCGGGUGGUCCGAUAAUGCCCCCUCCCCAUAUUCUGCCGGCAUGGCAGCGGACGCACUCUCAGAAGUCUUAACUGCCAUGGAUGAGAGGGGACCGUGGGUACUCGUCUCUGCCGGAAUUGGAGGGGUCUAUAGCCGUAUUUUCGCAAGUCGGCACGGUGGAGACAUCAAGGGAAUGCUCCUCAUUGAUGUUGUUCAUGAGGAUUUCCUAUCCGAUCUUGCCAGUCCAAGUCGUGGUAUCUUGCUCUGGUUCCGCGGUAUGAUAUCCCCUUUGGGCCUUGAGACACUCGCAAGCACGAUAUUUCAUCAUUCAACAAGGGAGGACCGUGUGUUUGGCAAGUAUGCAUAUGUGGGCGGAAGAUAUAUUAAAGCGAGGUUGCAAGAAAACCUGGUUGCUAAAUCUAUGACCUACGGAGAGAUUUCAAGUGCUCGGAAUAACUUAUCUUCGAAGAUUUCUCUUGCGGUUGUAAGUUCGGGUGUCGAGGCAAGGAAGAAUGAGGAGUGGUCUAGGAAGCAGGAAGACUUGACUGAGAUAACUGAGACCCUUGUUGCAUGGGAUACUGUGAAAGAUGCACCGCACGAAGUUUGGAGGACACUGGAAGGCAGGCAAAUACUGGAGAAAAGGCUAGGGCAGUUGGCCAGAGCAUAGUCUCAUUGUUAAUAACUUUUCUCUCACCGUUGUCCGCUUAUUAUCCUUGUUACCAGAUUGAUUCGUCACAUUCAUUUUCUCAGACU